AUGAUAGUGGACGAUGAUGAGAAGAAGGAUAUGUGUCCUAUCUGUAAGACAGAUAGGUAUCUGUCCCCAGACAUGAAAUUCUUGGUGAACCCCGAGUGCUACCACAAGAUAUGUGAAUCGUGCGUUGAUAGAAUCUUCAGCCUGGGUCCUGCACAAUGCCCAUACGAGGGGUGCGAUAAGAUUUUGAGAAAGAACAAGUUCAAAACGCAAGUCUUCGAUGACGUGAACGUCGAGAAAGAAGUAGACAUCAGGAAGAGGGUGUUCAAUGUAUUCAAUAAAACCCUAGACGAUUUCGAGGGCGACCUGAAGGCUUUCAAUAAGUACCUGGAAGAGGUCGAAGAUAUCGUCUACAAUCUAGAUAACGGGAUUGAUGUGGCGAAUACAGAGGAGAAGCUACGAACAUAUGAAGACCUCAACAAGCAGCUCAUUAUGGCCAACAUGAAGCGCAGCAGACAGGAUUUGGACAACUUUGAGCAACGACAGAAGUUUGAGAAAGAAAUGAAGCUCAAAAAGAGACAAUUGGAGCGCCAAAUUGAGGAAGAAGAACUUGCUAACAGAGAAUGGGCUCGCAAAGAGAUCGUAAACCAGCUUUCCACCGCAGACGACGCAGAAGAUGUAAUAGCGCAUGUUAAAAAGACUGUGAAGUUAAAGAAGUCUUCUGCGAGAAGAAAGCUCGAAGAGCUGAAUAAAGUGCUAAAAAACAAUCCAUAUAUGACAGUUUCGAAUGGUCUCAUGAAAAAGAAAGAGUCCGUGCCCUUUACUCCUUUCAACGGAGACAGAGACCUCAACAAACGCUACACACUCUCCGAGUCUCAGUAUAACGAUCCCUUCAUCAAGAGCCUGCAAACUAAGAAAGAGUACAUUGCAUCAGGUUUCCGUGCAGAUUAUGUUUAUGACCGGAUGCUGACCGAGGCUUUCAUGGGAUUAGGUUGCAUCAUUAAAGAGGAGCUACGGACCAGCGUCAAAUAG